GUUGUUCGGUUCGUACGUUCACUGUGUUCUCCAUGUUCCGUAUCGACGAACUCAUAAAGUAAGCCUCUUUUCUCUCCGCUUCUGGUGAAAUUAGUUUAAUUUUGAGUUCUAUUCAGCUGUAACUACUCGGUUAAUGUUGAAGGUAAAUAGUGAUGAACGAAAGCUAACAGAUGUGGAGACAGCAGGUCCAGCAGCACCUGGAUGCAGAGGAAGAAGAAAUGGAGGUUUUCCUUGGAAGUAGAGAUGCUCUUGAACAGGAAACAACUGGAGGAAGCCAAAUCAUAGAUGCAGUUUUCAGUCCCAACGAUCAACUGCAUAUAAUAGUGGUUCCUGCAGAUGUUCAGAAGUCAGUGCUGAUUAAAGAAGAAGCUCCUGAAGAACAGUGGCCUGAUGUGGACCAGCAGAAUGCAAAUUGCCUCCACAUAAAAGAGGAAGAGGAGGAACAGUGGACCAUUUUGGGAGGAGAGCAGCUCAGUAUGAAGGAGGAGACGGAUGUCACCAGCUUUUCAUUAACUGCAGUUCAUUUUAAGAGUGAGGAUGAUGAAGAGAAACCUCUGUUCUCACAGCUUCAUCAACACCAAGUUGAAGUCGGUGAUCUUCCAACCAGCAGCUCAGUGGUUCCUACAGAUGAUCAGAAGUCAGUGCUGAUUAAAGAAGAAGCUCCUGAAGAACAGUGGCCUGAUGUGGACCAGCAGGACACAAAUUGCCUCCACAUAAAAGAGGAAGAGGAGGAACAGUGGACCAUUUUGGGAGGAGAGCAGCUCAGUAUGAAGGAGGAGACAGAUGUCACCAGCUUUUCAUUAACUGCAGUUCCUUUUAAGAGUGAGGAUGAUGACGAGAAACAUCUGUUCUCACAGCUUCAUCAACACCAAGUUGAAGUCCGUGAUCUUCCAACCAGCAGCUCAGGUGACCACAUAGAAUCAUCAACUGGUGAAGGAGAAAAAGAUUCAAAAUACCCAGAUCUAAAUGCUUAUAGAGAUUCUGAUUCUUCAGAAACUGAAGUUAGUGAAGAUGAUGAAGAUGAUAAUGAUGUGAACAAUCCUGAGUCUCAGCUGAAACUUUUCUCAGACUUUGGGUUAAAAACUGAACACACUGAUGAAGCCCGGGAGUCUUCACCCAGCAGGGUCUCUGAGUCAAUUGUGAACAGGGUCCACAACAAAAAUGGACUGAAGCCAUUUUGUUGUGAUGUUUGUGGGAGAAGAUUCAAUCUUAACAGAUGUUUAAACAGACACAUGAAAAUCCACACUGGACAGAAACCCUUUUUGUGUGAUCUGUGUGAAAAAAGAUUUACUGAAAAGAGUAAUUUAAAAAAUCACAUGAAAGUCCACACGGGACAGAAGCCAUUUUCUUGUGAUCUGUGUGAAAAAAGGUUUACUGAAAAGGGUAGUUUAAAAAAUCACAUGAAAAUUCACACGGGACAGAAACCAUUUUCUUGUGAUGUGUGUGGAAAAAGGUUUACCGAAAAGGUAUGUUUAAAAAGACACAUGAGAAUCCACACAGGACAGAAGCCAUUUUCUUGUGAUCUGUGUGAACAAAGGUUCAUUCAAAAGGGCCAUUUAAACAGACACAUGAAAAUCCACACAGGACUGAAGCCAUUUUCUUGUGAUCUAUGUGAACAAAGGUUCAUUCAAAAGCGCCAUUUAAACAGACACGUGAAACUCCACACAGGACAGAAGUCAUUUUGUUGUGAUCAGUGUGAACAAAGGUUUAUCGAAAAGGGAGAUUUAAAUAGACACAUGAAAAUCCACACAGAACAGAAGCCCUUUUCUUGUAAUCUGUGUGAACAAAGUUUCAUUCAAAAGGUUCAUUUAAACAGACACAUGAUGAUCCACACAGGACAGAAGCCAUUUUGUUGUGAUCAGUGUAGUAAAAAGUUUACAGAAAAGAGCAGUUUAAAGAAACAUAUGAUGAUCCACACAAGACAGAAGCCCUUGUCAUCUGUGUGAACAAAGGUUUACCAACAAGGGCCAUUUAAACAGACACAUGAUAAUCCACACCCAAUAGAUGCCCUUUUCUUGUGACCUGUGUAAACAAGUUUAUUCAGAAGGGCCAUUUAAAUGCACACCUGAGAAUCCACAUGGGACAAAAGUAAUUUGAAAGAACUCAUAGGCCAGAAGCCACACACACUUCAUCUUUUGGCUGCUCCCUUCUUCAGGGGUCACC